CAGCCCUCAUUGCCACGUCUCUUCUGGCGGCGGCGAGUGUCGGGAGGGCCGCGCCGCGCCCCCUCGGCUCCCGAUCCCCCCGGCCUGGAGGGCCCUGGCGGCGGGCAGGCCCAUGGUGCUGCCGCGGGGCAGGAGGUCCUGAGACUGACCCCGUUGAAGCAGCAGCUUGCUAAGUUGUGCAUGGCAUAGAAAAGCAGAGGAGAGCUGCAGCUUCCCUUCUUGGUUGAGGCAGUGGGAAAGUAGCUAGCUGAAGAAGAGGGAUUGGUCCCGCUCCUCUCCAGGGGAGGAUAUGCAAGCUAUCCUUCCGUGGCCUGGGCAGAGAGGAAAAGAGCUCCACGCCAGACUGCUCAGCCGAGUUCCAAGCUGGGAACAUGCCACACUGCCUCUUUUGGAGGCUGAGACGAGCCCUGGAGAUUCACUGGAAGAUCAUUUUGGAGCCGGAAAAGAGCCCCAACCUGGGCUGUGAAUCCAACCAACCCAUGGCUGGUCAACUCUGUAAAGCCGUAGAAGAGCUGGGAAGUCUUUGGGGCAGUUCUCUAAGACUCUGAGCAAAGCCUGCCAGAGGCAGAAGAAGUGGGCUGGUUCCUGGUCAUGCCCGGUGGAAGGAGGGGACCCAGCCGGCAGCAGCUAAGCCGUUCUGCUUUACCUUCUCUCCAGACAUUGGUUGGUGGGAACUGUGGCAACGGCACUGGUCUGAGAAACAGGAAUGGCAGCGCGAUCAGCUUGUCUGCUCCUCCGAUCACAGCCUUGAUCACCCCUGAGCCAGUGCGGCAUUGCCGAAUCCCCGAGCUGCCUGUGGACGGGAACCUUCUCUUUGAGUUCCUCUUUUUCAUCUACUUGCUGGUGGCACUUUUUAUUCAAUAUAUCAAUAUCUACAAGACAGUCUGGUGGUACCCAUACAACCACCCUGCUUCCUGCACAUCACUGAAUUUCCACCUAAUUGAUUACCACCUGGCAGCAUUUAUUACAGUGAUGCUGGCACGGAGGCUGGUUUGGACCCUCAUCUCUGAGGCCUCGCAAGUGGGUGCUACAUCCAUGAUUCACUGUAUGGCGCUGAUUCUGGCACGCCUGGUGCUGCUCACCCUGUGUGGCUGGGUGCUCUGCUGGACUCUGGUCAACCUCUUCCGUAGCCACUCUGUCCUCAACCUCCUCUUUCUCGGCUACCCGUUUGGCGUCUAUGUCCCGCUGUGCUGCUUCCACCAGGAGAGCAGAACUCAGCCUCUCCCCGCAGACUGUGACUAUGUGGUGCAGGAUCAGUUGGUGGACGCAGGCGUCUUGGGGGUCGGCAGCCUUGUGAAGCCUAAAGACUUUCUCUCUCUCCUGCGAGAGUCCCUGAAAGAACAGUUCAACAACCCUAUGCCCACCCCUACGCACAGCUGCCCCUUGUCCCCCGACCUCAUCCGCAAUGAGGUGGAGUGCCUGAAAGCAGACUUCAACCGUCGGAUCAAGGAGGUUCUCUUCAAUUCCCUCUUCAGUGCCUACUAUGUGGCAUUCCUGCCGCUGUGCUUUGUGAAGAGCACCCAGUACUAUGACAUGCGCUGGUCCUGUGAGCACCUCAUCAUGGUGUGGAUCAAUGCCUUCGUCAUGCUCACCACACAGCUGCUUCCUCCCAAGUACUGCGACCUGCUACACAGAUCGGCUGCCCACCUGGGCAAGUGGCAGAAGCUGGAACAUGGCUCAUACAGUAAUGCCCCGCAGCACAUCUGGUCAGAGAACACAAUAUGGCCCCAGGGAGUGCUGGUGCGGCACAGCCGGUGUCUGUACAAAGCGGUCGGGCCUUACAAUGUAGCAGUGCCUUCCGAUGUCUCCCAUGCCCGCUUUUAUUUCCUCUUCCACCGUCCAUUACGGCUCCUCAACCUGCUCAUCCUCAUAGAGGGCAGCAUGGUUUGCUACCAGCUCUACUCCCUUUUGCGCUCCGAGAAGUGGAACCACACCCUCUCCGUGGCCCUGAUCCUCUUCUGCAACUAUUAUGUCUUAUUUAAACUCCUGCGGGACCGGAUAGUGUUGGGCAGGGCGUAUUCGUAUCCUCUCAACAGCUAUGGGUUAAAAGUCCAUUAAUCAUUGGAGGAAGGGGAAGGCUAUUUUCAUACAGUUCUAUUUUUUUUCCUUGCAACUGUUUAUAAAUAUUUAAAAAAAUA